UGUCACGAAUGCGACUUUAACUGCCAAUCUACAUUUCCCCUUCAAUUCUCGCAUUAUUUUGUUAGAGCUUUUGAACAUUUUUCUGUUCCUAAGCUCUCCUGCCAGAAUCCGAGCCUCGGUAUUUGCACGAGGAACAACAAGUAGGCUAUCAGCUACUAGCAUUGGCGCGCUCCUGAUUGCGCUUAGGUGCGCGAGCCCCACGACGCAGCUUGAUUAAGGAGGGAGGGCAUACAGUAGCACAUCAUGGCCGUGACCAAGCGCGCGGGCCGCAAGAAGGAUGCCGUCCCCGCAAAGGCGGCGAAGGGCGCCGCCGCUGGUGGAAAGCCCCAGGUGAAGAAGGCGGCAUUUGAGACGUCAAAGAAGAAGGAAGUUGGUGUCUCGGAUCUUACUCUAAUCAGUAAGAUCUCUAAUGAGGCCAUCAACGACAACUUGAAGAAGCGUUUCGAAAAUGCGGAGAUAUAUACGUACAUUGGCCAUGUGCUUGUCUCCGUCAAUCCUUUUAGAGAUUUGGGCAUCUAUACAGACCAAGUUCUCAAUUCUUAUCGGGGGAAGAAUCGGUUAGAGAUGGCACCCCACGUUUUUGCUGUUGCGGAGUCGUCGUACUAUAACAUGAACGCAUACAACGAGAAUCAAUGCGUUAUCAUUUCUGGAGAAUCAGGUGCCGGAAAGACGGAGGCUGCAAAGCGAAUCAUGCAGUACAUUGCAAGUGUCUCUGGAGGCCAUAACUCGAACAUUCAAAAGGUCAAAGACAUGGUCUUGGCCACCAACCCUCUGCUCGAGUCCUUUGGAAAUGCGAAGACGCUACGAAACAACAACUCGUCUCGGUUCGGAAAGUAUCUGGAGUUGCAGUUCAAUGCUCAAGGAGAACCCGUGGGAGCGAAUAUUACCAACUAUCUUCUGGAGAAGUCAAGAGUCGUUGGGCAGAUUACGAACGAACGUAAUUUCCAUAUUUUUUAUCAGUUUACAAAAUCAGCGCCGCAGAAGUAUAGAGAACUUUUUGGUCUCCAAUCGCCCGAGUCGUAUUAUUACACUAGCCAGUCAAAAUGCUAUGAUGUAAAUGGCAUCGACGACCACGCCGAGUUUCGAGAUACAUUAAACGCUAUGAAUGUUAUCGGGUUGCCGCAGGCGGAACAAGACGAUAUUUUCCGAAUGCUUGCUGCUAUUCUGUGGCUGGGAAACAUACAAUUUGUUGAAGAUGAUAAUGGCAACGCGGCGAUUGCGGACCACUCAGUGGUUGAUUUUGUCGCGUACCUGCUCGAGGUCGAUGCUGCCCACGUGCUGAAAGCACUCAGUAUCCGUGUCAUGGAGACGAGCAGAGGAGGGCGCAGAGGCUCUGUUUACGAUGUCCCUCUCAACCCAGCCCAAGCCGCCGCCGUUCGUGACGCUCUGUCCAAGGCCAUCUACUACAACCUGUUCGACUGGAUCGUUGACCGUGUGAAUGCGUCUCUCAAGGCCAGGGGCGCGUUGGCUCAUUCUAUUGGAAUCCUAGAUAUCUACGGCUUCGAGAUUUUUGAGCGGAACAGUUUCGAGCAGCUCUGUAUCAACUACGUGAACGAGAAACUCCAACAGAUCUUCAUUCAGUUGACGCUGAAGACUGAGCAGGAAGAAUACGCUCGGGAACAGAUUCAGUGGACGCCCAUCAAAUACUUUGAUAACAAGGUCGUUUGUGAGCUCAUCGAAGAGAAACGGCCACCAGGUGUUUUUGCGGCCCUGAAUGACGCAUGCGCAACAGCACAUGCCGACCCCGGAGCUGCUGACAACACCUUUAUGCAGAGACUCAACAUGCUAUCUUCAAACCCUCAUUUCCAGAACAGACAGGGUCAAUUCAUUGUUAAGCACUAUGCCGGUGAUGUCACCUAUGCCGUCCCUGGCAUGACAGACAAGAACAAGGAUGCUUUGCUCAAAGAUCUUCUGAUCCUGAUGGGUCACAGCGGCAACUCUUUUGUUCAUGCCCUAUUCCCUCACCAAGUCGAUACCGAUAAUAAGCGUCGUCCUCCCACAGCUGGUGACAAGAUCAAAGCAUCUGCGAAUGACCUGGUUGCUACGUUGUCAAAGGCCUCUCCCUCGUAUAUCCGAACAAUCAAGCCAAACGAUAACAAAUCGCCAACUGAGUAUAACUCAGCCAAUGUUCUGCAUCAAAUCAAAUAUUUGGGUUUGCAAGAAAACGUCCGGAUCAGACGUGCUGGAUUUGCCUACCGUCAAACCUUUGAGAAGUUUGUGGAACGAUUCUACUUGCUGUCGCCAAAGACAUCGUAUGCUGGCGACUACAUCUGGACAGGCGAUGCCCUUUCGGGAACGAAGCAGAUUUUGAAAGAUACUAGCAUUCCCACGGAGGAGUAUCAAAUGGGUGUCACGAAGGCAUUUAUCAAGACCCCUGAAACUCUCUUUGCGUUAGAGCACAUGCGUGACCGCUACUGGCAUAAUAUGGCUAUCCGAAUUCAGAGAGCUUGGCGGAACUAUUUGAGAUAUAGGAUUGAAUGCGCCAUUCGGAUUCAGAGAUUCUGGAGAAAGAUGACCGGUGGCCGAGAGUUCAUAGAGUGGAGGGAUUACGGCAAUAAGAUCUUGCAAGGACGCAAGGAGCGUCGGAGAUACAGUUUAGUUGGCUCGAGACGAUUUAUGGGCGACUAUCUCGGAGUGGGCAACAAGGGUGGCCCUGGGGAGGUGAUUCGGGACUCGAUCCGGCUUGGAAGCUCUGAGCGUGUUCUGUUUUCUUGCAGAUGCGAAAUUUUGGUAUCUAAGCUGGGACGGUCAAGUAAACCAAGCCCCCGGAUACUGAUAUUGACCAACAAGAGCGUCUAUAUUGUCAUUCAAUCGAUGGUCAACCACCAACUGUCAAUUCAUGCGGAGCGGACGAUUCCCCUUGCAUCGAUUAAAUUCGUUGGAACCUCCACCUUGAAGGACGAUUGGUUUUCACUUGGCGUUGGAUCUCCUCAGGAGCCCGAUCCUUUAAUUAGCUGCGUCUUCAAAACCGAAUUCUUCACUCAUCUGAAGAUGGCUACACCAGGUGGUUUGAACCUUAAGAUUGCCGACGUAAUCGAGUACAACAAGAAACCUGGCAAGCUCGCAGUUAUCAAGACCAUGAAGGACCCAGCCAUUCCUCGGGACGAUAUGUACAAGAGUGGUACCAUCCAUACUUCGCAAGGCGAGCCUCCCAGUUCCGUCUCAAAACCGACUCCCAAGGGCAAGGCGAUACCUGGAAAACCUAUCACCUCAGGAAAACUGCUUCGUCCUGGCGGUCCCGGUGGUGGACCCUCAAAGCUUGCUUCCCGACCUGCUGCAGCACGGCCUGUCCCUCAACCCAGAGCUGUCCCUCAAUCCCGACCUGUCCCUCAGCCAGUGCCGCAGCCAGUACCGCAGCAAGCUCCUCAGCCAACAAUUGCACAGCCGCGACCCGUUCCUCAACCUGUCGCAGCGCUCAGUGCGGCAAACCACGCCCGCUCCGCCUCCGCUUCGUCGACUUCAUCCGGUCGGACCCCGCCUCCCCCGCCACCAGCUCCUCCAUCUGCUCCCGCAACCCCAGAACCAACCUAUCGGGUCCUCUACGAUUUUAGCGGCCAGAGCGAGAAUGAAUUGUCCAUUGUCAAGAAUGAUCUUCUGAUCAUUGUGCGGAAAGAGAACAGCGGCUGGUGGCUUGCAAAGAGUUCAGAUGGAUCUCGUCAAGGCUGGGCACCUUCGGCAUAUCUUCAGGAAGAAACUCCUAGGCCGACCCCACCGCCGCCGCCUCCCGUCGCGCCCGCUUCUACACGCACGCCUCCAAACGGAGUCGCAGCCAAUGGCGCCGCACGUCCACCUGUCAAGGCGAAGCCCGCGCCUCCAGCACCUCCUGCAAAGCGCCCUGCCACGCGAAAGCCAGCCCCGCCGCUCGCCCCGAGAGAUAGCGGCACGAACCUUGCUGAACCGAAUGGAAACACAAGUGGUCGUAACACUCCAAACUCGUCCAGCAACGUCAGUUUAGCAGGAGGUCUAGCUGAAGCUCUACGACAACGACAAGCGUCCAUGCAGGGCAAAAAGGCAGACGACGAUGACGAGUGGUAGACGAAUAGACACGUCUGAGCCGGGACGCCCCUUUUUUACUCCGCCUCAACCUUUGUCAUCCAACAUGAUUAUUUAGAUCCUUCCCCUUUUCUUCUCACUUCCCUUUCCUUCCCCUAACUCCUCCUUCCCCCCACCAGGUGGUCGCGGCCAGUCGUCUCAAUCCCCCCUGAUUUAUCCUUCUAUAUCCCCCCCUC